UAAUUAUAUGGAAAAAUGGAAGUAUUUAAUUUUAUCUGUGAUACAUUCCAUAUGUUUAGAUCAAUGAUCGAAGUGCCUGAUAAACUGAAACUAAGUGCUCUAAAAGUUAACCUUAUUGAUGAAGCUGGUAUUGAAUUGUUUGAAGGAAAUAAUCUUACCGAAAUAUCAAUACUCGAAAAAGAGUUUGUAGUUUCAUUUGAUUACAAAUCAGAUCAAGAUCAGCAAGUUUUGAGCCCUGUUACUUCUUACAAUAUUAUUUAUGUUACUGUUAAUUCUGAAGAAAAUGCUUACAAUGAUGGAAAUCCUAUUCUAAGUGUUAGUUAUAGUUCAAAUGGAGUUUUGGAGAUCAAGGUUAUACUUAAUGGAAAUUUUUAUAGCUUUUCUUACAUACAGCCACUUGAAAUAAGUCAAUGGUUGAACAUUGAAAUAUGUCAAAUUUUAAUUGAUGGAAAUUACAAUUACAAAAUAAAAUUAAAUGGGAGCAUUGUUUUCACAAAUAUAAGUAAUCAACUUCAAAGUUAUAAAAAUGUUAUAACUUAUGCUUCAAAUCCAUGGAACUCAACACAGGGCUUCAUCAAGAAUUUUUUUGUUGUCAAUGGAAUUUCAUCUUCUUGGCUUGAUCAGUGGAGUGAUUGGUCAAGCUGCAAUACUUCCCAUGGAUAUGGGUUUAUGAACAGAACAAGACAUUUUUAUGCAUCAGAAAGUUCAAUUUGGAGUUUUGUUGAAGAUUUACCUUAUGUAAUAGAAUGUUACAUAUAUAAAGAUGCAUGUCAAAUGAUUAACAAUGUAAUAGAGGACAUAUCAACUCCUUUAGAGAAAUCAAAAAAUAUCACUGAAAUGCCAAUACUAAAUCCAGAAUUUUUAGUUUCAUUUGAUUUCAUUCCUUAUUCAUUUAACAGCAACUUUAGCAGUAUUAUUCAAUUUAUCAUUGAUGAUGUUACAACUGGUUAUCCUGGAGUUUGGCUUAAUGAUCUUGGAGUUCUUCUAAUUUUAGCCUUACAUAAUGGUACCAAUUUCAUAUUUCGCACCGAUUUUGCACUUCCAUUAAAUCAAUGGUCAAAAAUUGAGAUCAGUCAAAUCUUCAUAAAUGGAAGUUAUGUAUAUAAAAUCAAAGUAAACGACACAUAUGUUGCAUCUGAAAUCAACACACAAGUUCGAAGUUUUAAAAAUGUUGUAUUGUACGCUUCAAAUCCAUGGAAUGUUUCUCAAAAUGGCUCAAUAAAAAACGUUUUUAUUGUCAACAAUCAAGCAAUUAUAUCAAUUUACUAUACAACUGAAGGUACUUUGUUACAAUGGAGUAUAUGGUCAAGCUGUAAUAUAUCAAAUGGAUAUGGAUUUUAUAAUAGAACAAGAUAUUUGGAUAAAAAAUGCUUUACAGAAUUCAAGGAAUGUUAUGCAUACAAAGAUACAUGCCAAAUGGUUAUCUAUGUAAUAGAGGAUACUACAACUCUUUUAAAAAAAGCAAAAAAUAUCACUGAAAUGCCAAUACUGGAUACAGAAUUUUUAAUUUCCUUUGAUUUGAUUCCUUAUUCAUUUAAUAGUAACUUAAGCAAUGUUAUUCAUUUUAUUGUUGAUUCUGAUAAUGUUACAACUGGAGUCUGGCUUGAUGGUCUUGGAGUACUUAAAGUUUCACACCCUAAUUAAUGACACUA